AUGAGCGCCAUUAAGAAAACUGACGAUUCAGGGAGGCAGGUCUUGCCUAAGAAUGUCAAGCCAAUUGAAUACACACUCAAGUUGGAGCCUAAUUUUGAGACUUUCAAAUUUGAUGGUGAUGAAUUGCUUGAAUUGGAAGUUGUUGAAGAUUCGGAUUUCAUUAGCUUGAAUACUUUGGAGAUUGAUAUCAAAGAGACCAUAUUGCUUACUGCCUCUGGUAAAGAGAUCAAGCCUGAGUCUGUUAAGGAAGAUAAGGAAGAGCAAUACACCACUUUCAAAUUCUCUCUAGCAUCAUCACUCAAGAAGGGUGACCAUGUCAAGUUGAGCAUCAAAUUUGUUGGCGAAUUGAAUGACAAAAUGGCAGGCUUUUAUAGAUCAACGUACGAGGAAGAUGGUAAGACCAAAUAUCUUGCUACAACCCAAAUGCAACCCAUUGAUUGCAGAAGAGCAUUUCCAUGCAUUGAUGAACCAAAUCAGAAAGCUAGAUUUAGUGUUACACUUGUCGGCGACAAGACUCUCACAUAUUUGUCCAACAUGGAUAUCAAGGAAGAGCAUUUCAUUGAUGAUACAAAAAAAGAAGUUGUAUUCAAUACUACCCCUAAAAUGUCAACAUAUUUGGUUGCAUUUAUUGUAGGUGAUCUUCGAUCUGUUGAGUCUAAAUACAAAUUUAGAGAUGUUCCCGUUAAAGUUUACACUACGCCUGGUCAGGAGAUCAAAGGCCGGUAUGCAGUCGAAUCGGCAGCACACGCAUUGGAAUACUACGAACGGUGCUUUGAUAUUAAGUAUCCGCUUCCGAAGAUGGAUAUGGUUGGUAUUUAUGACUGCUAUGGCGGUAUGGAGAAUUGGGGCCUUAUCACAUUUGAUAUGAUAGACUUGUUGUAUGAGAAGGGAAAAUCGACGAUCGAUGUAGAGUUUAGAAUUGCCGAGACUGUUAAUCAUGAGCUAGCACAUCAAUGGUUUGGUAAUUAUUGCACCCUUGAUUUCUGGGACUCGCUAUGGUUAAACGAAUCAUUUGCUACAUAUAUGUCGUGGAAAUGUUGUGAUCACUUUCACCCUGAAUGGAGAAUUUGGGAAAAAUUUGUUGGCAAGUCACUUCAAGGGGCACUUCGAAUGGACAGCUUGAGAUCCUCUCAUCCAAUUGAGAUUAAAAUAAAGCGUGCCGAUGAAGUUAGCCAAAUUUUUGAUUCCAUUUGUUAUCAAAAGGGACCUGCCGUUCUUAGAAUGUUGGCUGAUUGGCUAGGUGAUGCUAAUUUUAUAAAAGGUGUGUCUUUGUACUUAAAGAAACAUGCAUGGUCCAAUGCAAAGACAAGUGCUCUUUGGAAUGCUCUUUCUCAGGUUUCCGGAAAGGACGUUGAAAGCAUUAUGAAAAUUUGGACGGAGUGUAUUGGAUACCCUCUCGUUACAGUUAAGGAAGAAGAUGGUAAUAUUUCUAUUGAGCAACACAGAUUUAUUAGGGCCGGUGAUGUUAGAUCAGAGGAUGAUAAAGCACUAUUCCCAAUAUUUAUUGGUUUAAGGACCGGGAACAGUAUUGAUAAUUCCAUUAUUGUAAAAAGCAGAUCGUCGAAACUUUCUGUGAAAACAGGUUCAUUCCUUAAAAUUAACGGGAACACUAAUGGUGUUUACCGUGUUAACUAUGAGCCUCAAAGGUGGGAAAAACUCGGAUGCUCAGCGUCAAAACUUUCUGUUGAGGAUAGAAUUGGACUUGUCGCCGAUUCAGGUGCUUUAUCAAUAUCAGGAUACAUUAAGACAUCGACGUUUCUUACGUUGAUUUCUGAUUGGAAAUUAGAAUCCUCCUAUAUCGUCUGGGAUACCAUGCUUUCAGAAUUAGCUGCCGUCAGUAAUGCCUGGAAGUUUGAAGAUAGGAAGGUAAUUAAUGCACUUAACGCGGCAACUCUUAGUUUAGUGUCAGAAAAGUUCCAUACGGUAGGAUGGAAAUUUAGCAGAGAUGACUCUUAUUUGGAGCUGAAGUUGAAGAGCCUUUUAUUUGAUGCUGCUACGUCAUCUGAAGACGAAGUCAUUAUAUCUGCUUCAAACAAGAUAUUUGCGGAUUACGUUGCUGGAGAUAAAAAUGCUAUUUAUCCCGACGUGAAAUCUACUAUUUUUCGUUGUGUGGCCUCCCAUGGUGGGGAAGAAGAAUUCAACCAGCUAUUGGCUAUAUACAAAAAUUCACGAUCUCCUGAUGAGAGGUCAAUGGCUCUUAAGAGUAUGGGUGCUUUUCAUGACCCGAAUAUUUUAGAGAAUGUCCUGAGUUUGUUGCUGAACGGAACUGUUAGAAUACAAGAUAUACCUCUCCCACUUAGUGCUAUGAGUCGAAGUAAAGUUGGUACGGAGGUGGCAUUUAAAUGGAUGACCAGAAAUUGGAAAACUUUACGCACAAUAUUACCAUCAGGAUUUUCUAUGCUCAAUUCGGUUGUUAAUAUAUGCACUAGAGGCUUUGGCAAGAUGGAACAAUACCGUAUGGUGAAAAAUUUCUUUGAUGGUAAAGACACCAUGGAAUAUAAUCGGGGUCUCGCUCAGGCUUUAGAAUCUAUCAAGACUAACGCUGCCUGGGUCAAAAGAGAUAGCAACGAUGUUCGGGCCUGUAUAAUUCGUGAUAAGAACACGAAGCGUGCCGAUUUCAUUUUUUAUUCAAACCGUAUCAUCCGUUUACUUGUGGAGGAAGGUUUGAAUCAACUUCCAAUCAAGCCUAAAACUGUUGUUACUCCAACAGAGUCUACAUAUGAAGGAGCAGACUUCCAAGGUAAGAUAUGUGGUGUCUCUAUCAUUAGAGCUGGUGAGUCAAUGGAAAAGGGUUUGAGAGAUUGCUGCAGAUCUGUCAGACUUGGAAAAAUUUUAAUUCAGAGAGACGAGGAGACAGCUCUUCCUAAGCUGUUCUACGUGAAACUUCCAACUGACAUUUCUGAGAGGUAUGUGCUACUUUUGGAUCCAUUACUUGCUACUGGUGGAUCCGCAGCUAUGGCUAUUGAUGUUUUGAAGAAGAGAGGUGUUCCCGAGGACAGAAUUAUUUUCUUGAAUGUUCUUGCAAGUCCCGAAGGAAUUGCUAUGUUUAGGGAAAAGUAUUCAAAGGUGAAGGUUGUCACCGGAAUGAUCGACCAGGGAUUAAAUGAACGUAAAUACGUUAUUCCUGGUGUUGGUGACUUUGGUGAUAGAUACUACUGUAUCUGA